AGGUCGGUCAUCUCGAUUUGCAUGAGUGCAGUGCAUGCCUUCCUAUAUUUGUAGGAGCUUUUCUUCCUUCCUGGCCCAGCCAGAUACACAUGCACAUGCCUGCUCUGAGUUGUGAGACUAAAGCUGAUAGCCUUUGCAUGCUCUAGCGCGCAGAACAUCAUCUGAUCGAUCGGGCCAUACAUCAUUCAGCUGCUACCUAGAGGUGGCCUGGCAAUGGAGGAGUCUUCCUGCAACACGGUGCCCCCAGGGUUCAGGUUCCACCCCACGGAAGAGGAGCUCGUCGGCUACUACCUCGCCAGGAAGGUGACCUCCCACAAGAUCGACCUCGACAUCAUCCAGGAGGUCGACCUCUACCGGAUCGAGCCAUGGGAUCUCCAAGAGAAGUGCGGCAAGUAUGGUGGUGGCGGCGGCGGAGGAGGGCAGGAGGAUCCGACGACGGAGUACUACUUCUUCAGUUACAAGGACCGCAAGUACCCAAGCGGCACGCGCACCAACCGCGCCACCGCCGCCGGCUUCUGGAAGGCCACCGGGAGGGACAAGCCGGUGCUGUCAUCAUCCUCGUCGUCGUCGCCGGCGGCCGUGAUCGGGAUGAGGAAGACGCUCGUCUUCUACCGCGGCCGCGCUCCCAACGGCCGCAAGACCGACUGGAUCAUCCACGAGUAUCGCCUCCAGUCCAACGAGCACGCGCCCACACAGGAGGAAGGGUGGGUGGUGUGCCGUGCGUUCGUGAAGCCGGUGCCCAACCAGCAACACAGGCUAUCCUACGGCAGCGGCGGCGGGUACCCGAUGAUGAACAGCAGCUACAGCUCCGCCUCCAAUUACUACUACUACGACAACCCUAACGCGCGGCUGAUGGUCGCCGGCGGCGCUCCUGCACACGAUCACCAUAACCUGGCGGCAGAGUCAAAGCAGCAGGUGCAGCUGUUCUCCUCCGACAUGCCGCCGCCGCUCCAGAGCCCGACAACGCUCGACGACGGCGACAUUUCGCAGACUAACGGUGCCCCCUGUACCGUUGAUCAGCAGCUGGCGGCUGCUGCUGGGACGAUCGACUGGAACUUGUGGAGCAGCCUGCUGCCUUCAACGACGCCGCAGCUCUUCCACGAGCAGACAAUGACGCCACAGGCAGCAAAUUCGAGCUCCUCCAAGAACAACGAUAUUUGAUCCGGAGGAUGCGGGGAUUCAUUCUUGACUGAUUAAUAGUUGACACUUGACAGUUUGGUCAUACUGGAGCAUAUAUACUUUGACGACUACUUGACAUAUUUUACAUGGGGCUUACUAGUUUCCACUGUAAUUCUAGAUCAAUUGUAUACAAAUACACAUAUACAUCACGUUUGAAUUGUUUGCAUUUCGCUUU